GCUAUAAAUCUUGUGACUCAAAGCAUAUCUACAGUGACUUUCUGGACUUCCAAGUGUCCCCGUGGAGUCACCAUGGCCGCCCCAUACGCUCCUCUCCUGCUCCUCACCUGUGUGUUGGCCUUGCCUGCUCCACAUCUCACCGGGAGCAUCCCCAGCCUGUCCCUCUCCAAUCAAUCUCUCUCAAAUAACACCGUGUCUGCUCUGAGAGUGUCCGUGAGCGGUCAGCUCCGGCUGGUGAACGGCUCCAACCAGUGCUCCGGACGGGUGGAAGUUUGGUACCGCAAUCAGUGGGGGACGGUGUGUGAUGACAGCUGGGACAUGAGAGAUGCCUCUGUGGUGUGCAGGCAGCUCGGAUGUGGGGAGGCAAUAUCAGCCAAAAGCAGUGCUUAUUUUGGGCGUGGAUCUGGGCCCAUCUGGAUGGACGAUGUGAGCUGCAAUGGGGAGGAGGAACUCCUCACCCAGUGCUCGCGGCGGCCCUGGGGAGAACACAACUGCGGGCACAGCGAGGACGCGGGCGUUGUGUGCUCAGGUUUGCCCAGGGACUGCAGCGAGGUCCCUGCUGGCAGCCCCAGCGGUGAGUAUGUCAUCCAGCCCAGAGGCCUGCACCCCAUCGUGGUGUAUUGUGACAUGAGCGGGGGCUGGACGGUCAUCCAGAGGAACCGGCAGAACACCGAGAUCACCUGGGCCGAGUCCUGGACCACCUACAAGUACGGCUUUGGGAACGUGCACACCGACUACUGGCUGGGCACUGAGUACAUCCAUCAGAUCUCCAGGCAGAAGGUCUACCGGGUCAGGUUUGUCAUCUGGGAUGCCACAAACAGAACCAGGUUUGCAGACUACAACCCCUUCAGUGUGGAAGAUGAGUCCCAGGGCUACCGGCUGAGGCUGGGAGUGUACUCAGGGACAGCAGAGGACGCCAUGUCCUCAAAGAGUCCCAGUUUCGUACACGACAACAUGAAGUUCUCUACUAAAGAUCGGGAUCAGGACAUUCACAGCAGUAACUGUGCCUCCAGCUAUGCGGGCGGCUGGUGGUACUCGGCGUGUUAUUCUGUGCGGCUGAACGUCAGGGGGGGCAUAACGUGGGGCAGCCUGUGCAACGGGAACUGCAAAGGGUCUGCCAUCCUCAUCAAGCCCGUUAACUCCUGUUAGGGCUCCCUCGCUGCCCGUCUCACCGGGCCCGUGGCCAGGCCCGCCGGCCCCUUUGCCGGGGGAGCGGAGUAGCUGGCGGUGGGGCACACCCUGGGCUCACAAGAGAUUCUUCUUUCUCCUCUGCUUCCCUUGCUGGGUUCUUCCCUUUUGAGCUGUUUUUAUUUUAAUCACAUUAUAAGCAGACUAACGCAUUGCAAGCCCUGUACUUCUGAAACACACCUGCUGUGGAGAA